UGGGCGGAGUCAAACCGCCGCCGCGACGUCACCUCCGUCAUGCCUUGUGCUCUGGCGCCGCCCCUUCUCCUGUCUCCCGCCGUCCUCUUGCUUUCCCCCCUCUCCACGGCUCCUGUUUCUUCUUCCCGGGGACCGCGCCUUGUCUGUCAAGCGGAAGGGUGGCCGGGACCAAAACCAAGAGAGGGGGGUAUCCCUGAGACAUUCUGUUCUAAUAACCGUAUUGAAAGCGGUCAGUAGAAAAGGAGUACUAGGAUGGCAGCUGGGAGAGCCGCCUCGUACUCGUCUCCAUCCUCUAGCUUCAAUGCUGGAUAUGGGAACAGCCACAACGGGGCGGCGGCCAGUGAGGACGAGGAUGGACAGAACCUCUGGUCAUCCAUCCUAAGUGAAGUCUCUACCCGUUCCCGCUCUAAGCUGCCACCAGGGAAGAACGUGCUGCUGCUUGGUGAGGAUGGCGCAGGCAAGACCAGCUUAAUAGGAAAACUUCAGGGAAUUGAGGAGUACAAAAAAGGAAGGGGAAUGGAGUACCUGUACAUUAAUGUCCAUGAUGAAGACAGAGACGAUCAGACCAGAUGUAAUGUGUGGAUCUUAGAUGGGGAUCUGUAUCACAAAGGGUUGUUGAAGUUUGCUAUGGAUGCUGGCAGUGUUAAGGACACGUUAGUUAUGUUGAUUGUAGACAUGUCAAGGCCAUGGUUAGCCUUGGAUUCACUUCAGAAAUGGGCUAGUGUUAUCCGGGAACACAUGGACAAGCUGAAAAUUCCACCAGAGGAAAUGAAAGAGAUGGAAGAAAAAAUGGUUAGAAGUUUCCAAGAGUAUGUAGAGCCUGGAGAGGAACUUCCUGUUUCUCCCCAAAGAAGAAAUACUUCCUCACAAGAUGAUCGAGAUGAAAGUGUGAUUUUGCCCUUAGGAGAAGACACGCUUACACAUAACCUUGGCAUUCCUGUAGUAGUUGUUUGCACAAAGUGUGAUGCCAUUAGUAUUUUGGAAAAAGAGCAUGACUAUACAGAUGAGCACUUCGACUUUAUUCAAUCGCAUAUCAGGAAGUUUUGUUUACAAUAUGGUGCUGCACUAAUUUAUACAUCAAUAAAAGAGAACAAAAAUAUUGACAUUGUAUAUAAAUAUAUUGUUCAACAAUUAUACGGAUUUCCUUUCAACAUGCCUGCUGUUGUCGUGGAAAAGGAUGCAGUGUUUAUUCCGGCAGGAUGGGACAAUGAUAAAAAAAUUGGAAUUUUACAUGAAAAUUUUCAAACACUUAAACCAGAAGACACUUUUGAAGAUAUUAUAACCAAGCCACCAGUGCGAAAGUUUGUUCAUGAAAAAGAAAUUGUUGCAGAGGAUGAUCAAGUAUUCCUUAUGAAGCAACAGUCACAGCUGGCAAAACAACCACCAAGCAAUGCAGGGCGUCCAGAUGCAUCUCCUAGGGUACCCGGAGGAUCUCCAAGGACACCCAGUAGAUCAGGGACUUCUAAUGUUGCCAGUGUGUCACCAGUCCCUGCUGGCACAAAAAAAAUUGAUCCUAACAUGAAAGCUGGAACAACCAGCGAAGGAGUGCUUGCAAAUUUCUUUAACAGCCUGUUAAGCAAGAAAACUGGGUCACCUGGGCCUGGUGGUUCAGGUAGCCCUGCAGGCAAUUCAGGAGGUAAUAGUCUUCCUACAGCUGCCAAAAAAACAGGCCAGAAGCCGGUAUUAACAGAUGUUCAAGCAGAACUGGAAAGAAUCUCACGCAAGCCUGACAUUGUGUCUCCUACAUCACCAACCUCUCCUACAGAAAGUGAAGCAUCUUGAAGACUGUAAAGUCAUCUUUAAAGUUGUGUAUAAUAGCCUCUGCAUUUUUCUUUUACAGUGAAUGUUGAACAGCAGAGACAGAAACUUUUUUUUUUUUUUUUAACUGAAGACGUUCAUUUUUUUGUUAUCCCAGAUUUUCAAAAUAUAGCUAUUGCGGGAUAAUAGGAAUCAUUACCGGACUGAGAUUAUCUAAAAAAAAAUUUAUGACACAGAAUGACUUUCCGUUUAUUUAAUUUGCUCUCCUUUUGUUAAGCCACUGUUUGAAAGAGCUGCAAUUCUUCAGUUACUUGCCAAUUCUGAAAAAAUAUACAUAAAUAAAACUGCAGUUCAAUAGGCUACUGAUGGUAUGCCAUUUUUAAACAAAAUUGAGACUUGAGCACAGGAAGAAACAAGUCCUGCUUGUUGUCCAGUAAAUGGAGGGGUGUUCAUUUUUUGUGGGCUUUGUAGAAUGCAUAAUUCAAUAUGAAUUUCAGAACUGAAAACUGGCACUAAUUAAUAUUGCUGCUGUACUCAACAAUUCAAUGACCUACGGUAUGGGCAGGUUCUAUUACCAAUCGACUGCAAGCGGUGAACUACUAUUUAGUAUGAUUUCACUAAGGCAGAGUUUAGCUUCACUGUAUUGUAUUAACUAACGUCUCCAUAUUUGUUUGUCUACUGUGUACAGCUCUGCACUAGGUGGUAUGGUUUACAUGGUGGUUCACAGAGUCCUUUCAAAUACAAUCAGUAAAUAAAGUUGUAUUUAUUA